AUGUCCAAGGGGCUUCUCCUCCUCUGGCUGGUGAUGGAGCUCGGGUGGCUUUAUCUGACACCAGCUGCCUCAGAGGAUACAAUAAUAGGGUUUUUGGGCCAGCCGGUGACUUUGCCUUGUCAUUACCUCUCGUGGUCCCAGAGCCGCAACAGUAUGUGCUGGGGCAAAGGUUCAUGUCCCAAUUCCAAGUGCAGCGCAGAGCUUCUCCGUACAGACGGAACAAGAAUCAUCUCCAGGAAGUCAAUAAAAUAUACACUUUCGGGAAAGGUCCAGUUUGGUGAAGUGUCCUUGACCAUCUCAAACACCAAUCAAGGUGACAGUGGGGUGUACUGCUGCCGUAUAGAGGUGCCUGGCUGGUUCAAUGAUGUCAAGAGGAAUGUGCGCCUGGAGCUGAGGAAAGCCACAACAACCAAAAAACCAACAACAACCACCCGGCCAACCACCACCCCUUAUGUGACCACCACCACCCCAGAGCUGCUUCCAACAACAGUCAUGACCACAUCUGUUCUCCCAACCACCACACCAUCCCAGACACUAGCCACCACUGCCUUCAGUACAGCAGUGACCACGUGCCCCUCAACAACACCUGGCUCCUUCUCACAAGAAACCACAAAAGGGUCCACCAUCACUACAGAAACUCUGCCUGCAUCCAAUCACUCUCAAAGAAGCAUGAUAACCGUAUCUACAGACAUAGCCUUACUCAGGCCCACAGGCUCUAACCCUGGGAUUCUCCCAUCCACUUCACAGCUGAUGACACAGAAAACAACAUUAACAACAAGUGAGUCUUUGCAGAAGACAACUAAAUCACAUCAGAUCAACAGCAGACAGACCAUCUUGAUCAUUGCCUGCUGUGUGGGAUUUGUGCUAAUGGUGUUAUUGUUUCUGGCGUUUCUCCUUCGAGGGAAAGUCACAGAAGCCAAUUGUUUGCAGAGACACAAGAGGCCAGACAACUCUGAAGAUAGUGACAGUGUCCUCAACGACAUGUCACACGGGAGGGAUGAUGAAGACGGGAUCUUCACUCUCUGACUCACCAUCUUUAUUUAGGAUUAAGGAUAGGGAAUGGCACUUGAAUUGUCAAAAUAAGUUUGGGGACAUUGUAAUUUCCGUUUAAAGUCACACUCUGUUAACUGA